AUGGCCAGACUGACGGAUAAAGAGAGGGAGCUUAUGAUCGCCCGCAAGAAGAUUGGCUACGAGGAAUUGAUAGUAGUAAAGACAAAUGAUGAUGUCGAGAUGAGAGACGUCGAAGUGGAAGAAGUUCGGAUGGGUGAUGAAGAUGAAGUGGCAGCACAGGUCACAGUGCUUUCCCAAUUGAGCAUCUCGGCUGCCAAGAAGGCGCCGCAAGCUCCGCGUCGGAUCCUCCAAGCAACAGGUCCGCGCGGAAGAGGGAAGUUCAGAUUCCAGAGCAACAAUUACACUGCCAGCGACGAAGUUCAUCAACGCGUCCGACUGUACGACCCCGACAAGAUGGCCGACGACAGACGUGGAGGCGGUGGUUACAACAACCGCAAGAGGCGCUUCAACAGAGGUAUGCGCCCAGAGGAAACACCUUCGAUCGUCGAGCUGACCUGCUGCUUUGUUUACAGAUGA